UUGGAGUAUAUGGUAUAUCAGCUGAUGAAGUUAAUGUAUAUCAAGGCAAUAAUCGUACUGAUAUUGUUGUAAAACAUAUCGAUUCAAAACAGGAAAAACAUUUUAUUAAUCUUAUUUAUGAUAAU